CAAAAAGGAGAUGGUUUGGGCUAUAGAAAUUUUGAUUAUACCAAUGGAUAGAGCUCUUCAAGUUGUGCUUGGAACAAGAAUAGGGACUUUGGAACAGGUCCCUAGACGAAUAUGGGCAACUUUUACUACAUGAGUUCUACUAUUCAUACAGGAAAUUCCCAGUAUUUUGGGAUUAUUUAAGAGAUGGUUUGAGCUAUAGAAAUUUUGAUUAUACCAAUGGAUAGAGCUCUUCAAGUUGUGCUUGGAACAAGAGUAGGGACUUUGGAACAGGCCCCUAGACGAAUAUGGGCAACUUUUACUCGAAUCUGGUGCUAACUUCACCUACAUCAUUUUAAGUCGUUUUUACUUAUCUUAAACUUUGUCGUAUUUUGAUCUUAUAACAUCAAAUGAAAAUAUACUUCAGCUUUGUGAUCUCUUCUUCUAUUAUAUCUUUUAGGUACAGAGAUUCAAAAAGUGAUCAACAUUCAGAUGAAUUGGUAUCGGUUACAUUAUUCGACGCAUUGGAUAAUAGUGGUAGUAACGGUACACAAAGACAAUUACUACAGCUGGACGACAUUUAUGAUGAUACCGACACUGAAGAUACAAAUUCACAAACCAUUAACGAGUAUUUUCAGAACAGAAACGAGGAUAAUGACGACAAUCAACUAAGAACCGAUGAUGAGAAUGAAUUUUUAAUCAAUGAUAUCGACAAGGAUGAUGAUUAUGAUGUACAAGACCGGAUACAUUUGGAUGACAACGGUAUGGAACCAGAUCAAUGUAGUGUCAUACAGGAACAUAAACGUCCGUAUGACCAAUUAGAUAUCUGUGUAUUACUUUAUUCUAAGUAUAUUUAA